AAAGUAGAGGAAGAUGGGUCAAGGAGGGAUCCUGAGAGGAGUGGUAUGAGUAGUAGAUCUGUACCAGUUGAGGGAUAGGACAACAAGUGACAUAUGUUUCAGUAAGAUUUGAUUUUUAGCAUUUAUAGCAAGGAUUAUCAAUUGUACUGCAGGGAUGGAACGUAAGUCGCAGAAAAUUGAGGUUGUGGUGGCAGCUGCAGAGAGGUAGCUGACAUCAGAAGAGUUAAUGGGUGUGUUAAGUGGUGGUGUCAGGUUGUUGGCCUGAGGUAGGACUACAUAGAUUGAAAUAGUGGACAAGGGUGGUGUUCUUUUUUUGUGAGUGUAGUAUUAGAUGGUAGGGUAUUUGUUUUUAUUUAUACCAAGCAAAGUAUACGGGAGGUGUACUCCAUUCUAGUAGGUGGCGGUAAUGCAACAUGCCGACCGCCGUUAAACCUCAAAGAAGACCACUUGUCGGUUUCCGGUUCACGGAGGACAUACUUUUUUCUCAAAUGCGGAAAGGUCCAUGAAUAGGAGGCUUGAUGUGUAACGUAAUAAGCAAUACCGUAUUUCAAUGAACUUCGCGCAUUGACUUUUUAUUUAGCCGCACCAUUUGAGCUGACUUCAACUAAUAACAUCUGUUUAAACGCAAGUAAACAAUGAUCAAGAACCAUUUCCACGUUAGCAUUUUUGUUGGAAUUUAGACUUUUAUUAACACCCUGGAACUCAAAACUGCACAACAUCACUCCAGGUAGAAUUUAAAUCGCGUUGGAGACAGGACUUACUUGAUAGAUGUUAUCUAGGUAACGCUAGCUAGCUGUUAACGUUAGCUAACAAUGGCUAAAUGUAUGGGUUUUCACACUCAAAUAGCCUCCAUCAUGGAGUUGCUAGCGAAUUCAGCCGUGACCGAGAUCUGUAAACUCGUAGACGACGACUAUGCAGUGUUUCGUUUGGAAAUAAAUCAAAGCCAGAAAGAAAACAGGGGAUUGCGGAGGAAACUACAGCUACUGGAACUGAAGGUGGCACGGGAGCGCGUCCUUGCCAGUCCUCCCAGUAGUGUCAAGACCCUCGACCGAUACAGAGGAAUGGCAAGAGGUGAAGCACAUCCCACUGGAGGCCACAUGAGCUUUGUGAACCCAGCGGGACACAGCACGUGGAGAGAUGACCAACCCAUAGCUGUUGAGGGGAGUGGAACCUCAACCCAGCAUGUUAUUGUGAUAGAGUCUGCAGAGGCUGCAGGUCCUGGGGUAAAGCAGGAGAGUUCUGAAGGAGAGGACCCAAGACACAACAGAGCCAUCCAGACUGGCGCAGAGGCUGGAGUGACACCCCUUGUAGCCAUGGAGGACUUCCCCACCGUCACCAUGCCCCAGGCCAGGUCCCGACGCAACAUCAGGGAGGAGGAGGAGGGUCCAGAGGUGUUGCUGGUGAAGGAGGAGGGGUCUGAGGAGGGUCUGGGGAACUCUGAGGGGAACAUGGUCAUGGAGGACAACCAGACUACACCUCCUGAACCCACAGAGGAACCAGCUGAGCAGCACAGGACCACACACAGUCUCACUGAGUCAGUAGAGAUGGAGGAUGGGAACACUGAUCUGCUGCUGGUCAAAGAGGAGACGAUAGAAGACAAACCAGAGAGCAUUGAUCUGCUGAGUGGACUAAAGAUGGGGGAGCAAGGUGAUUGGCUGGAGGCAAACAGAGGAGACUGGGUGGACAUCUUGGAUUCCCAGAUCCAGACCGGUGCAGCCAAAGGCCCAGGGGACAACCUCACUAGGCAGGCCAGGACCAGAGGCGACAUAGCGGAGGUCAGUGGAUGGGACAUUGUCUUCAACUCUGGGCUGGGGAACAACACUGUCAACCAGAAACAGACAGUCGAACACAAAACAACCACCAAACUGGGACACAAAAUAACAUCCGGAUUUAGUCUCCAUGACAACAGAUUGGUUGCGACCCGGACGAAGCAUAGAUUUGGUCUGCGGGGACGAGGAGGUGUCCGUAUGCGGCAGGAGAGAACAGACACAGACUCGGCUAGCGAUGCGAAAUCUUGCUCCUAUAGUUGUGAUUCAGAGAGACUGAUGGUGCCUCAGGUUAACCCCCUAACAGGUGCUGCCUUCAGCCUGCCUUCUAUAGGAUCUAUCAACUGGAAUAUGGACCCUGCAACAACACAGACACUCCCUGGCCUUCAUUCUCCUCACACUCUUCUAAUGUUAAACCAGACCUCAGACAAUGCCAGUGCACUAAAUGGCUACACAAGCCCUUUGACAAAUGACAGUAGUUGUAACGCUAUCAGCAGAUCCGGUGGAAAAGAGAAGCACUUCCCGUGUUCUUUCUGUGGGAAAGCCUUCAGUUUCCCCAAACAAUUGGAGAUCCACCAGAGGAUGCACACGGGGGAGAAACCUUUCGGCUGCCAUCUUUGCCGGGUGAGUUUCUCCCAGUUGUCCAACCUGAAGAGGCACCAGAGGGUCCACACAGGGGAGAAGCCCUACAGCUGCCCCCAGUGUCACAUGCGCUUCACCCAAGCUGGCAGCCUGAAGAGGCACCUGAAGGUCCACACGGGAGAACGGCUGUUUGCCUGUACGCACUGCGGGAAGAGGUUCUCAGAGAGGAGCUAUCUCAGGAUACACCGGCAGAAAAACCAUUCCACUCUAUAAAAUAGACAAAAUUCCACUUAAUUUUUAAGAUCAAACUGCAUUUAAGACAAUUAAUUUUCAUUGUUGUCAGCAGAAAAAAUCCACAGAUGCAUUUGUAAUAAUGAGGUUAACAGAUUUCAGUGUUGAAUAUUCCUGGGUAGAAUAUUGCAUCCUGACAUUGUGAUAUAUAGGGCAUAUAUAAGCCCAAAAGUCUGUUAAAUAUUGUUUGUACUGAGUAGGCUAUAUGAGGUUCACAAAUUCCUAUUUGAUUACAUCCAUGGAACAACAGUUUUUUUCACAAAUGUUUAAUGAGAAAAUGAAUGCAGUUUAUCAAGUUCAUGCCGAUUUUGUUAUUGACGUGUGGUUUUCAUAUGGUGUAUUUGACACUUUGUUUAAUAAACACAAAAUGGGACUUUUCA